AUGGAAACAACCAGAAUCUCAGUGGGACAAAAACGUGCGAAUGUCUUGGGCUUUUCCAAGGCCCCUCGUCUUGCAUUUCGCUUAGAAAUUACGGUAGCUUCGGUUCUCCAGAAAGACAGCCCGUAUAAUAUUCCACUCGAGAUACGGGCUGUCCCGGAAUAUAUGGAUACGAGUGAAUGUAUUGUGAACACUCUGAAAGUCAUUGACAUAGACGGAUUUACUCUCAAUCUCCGCUCGACCUCUAGUAUCAUGGCUUUUCCUGCUGGCACCGUGGGUGGAGCCACACUUGUGCAUGAGAACCAUUUCGUCAGAAAGACCGUCUUAGGGGUCUACAUGAAACCAAGGAGGGCUGAACAGCCGAACAAUCAACAAUUUCACUGCGAAGCUCAAGCCAAAGGAUGUCUCAUGGGGGCGUACCCACCCCCUAGCAGUCCUUUGACAUUACCGAUUAGCGACAACACAACUCCUCUUGAUUUAGGUCAAAAGCUCAAUCUGAAACUUCAGCAUGAGCAGCUCCAGGCUCACGAAGCCCCAACUUUCGUCACCUAUAACAUCAAGCAAACAUAUGUCUUAGAAUGGAAGAUGAGUCUCGAGGUUGGUGGAGAGAUAUUAAGGGUGAAGGGCAAGCAUCCAGUCUUGAUCAUGGAAAAGGCUGAACAGGAUUCAGAGAGCUAG